AUGGCACUCUUCAUGCAGCACAAGUUCACAGUUUCCAGCCUCAUAGUUCCCACUGUGAGAACACUGAGGCCCAGAAAGGUGAGAAAGUCGGCCAAGGCCACACAAGCACAUGAUGAGCAGGGUGUGAGCACAGGGAGUUGGGGUUCAAAGCUUGUGCUCUUAACCCCGCCUGGCCCUGGGCGUCCAAGAACAGUACGUGUUGGCGGAGAACCUGCCGGGCGCCAGCACCUUCCCUCAGUCCCGCAGCAAGUCCGCCAGAGAGCGGGAUUGCCACCCUCAUUCACAGCCCGAGACGCGGAGGCUCGCAGCCUUGGGGAAGAGCUGCGGCAGGUGGUCUCGGAAUGGGUGUUCCUCUUCGCCUUUGACGUCUGGAAGGGGAAUUCAGCAAAGGGACUCCAGCCCGGAGCCCUGAGCGCCACUUCCUCAACCAGGCUCCUGACAGGACCCUGGGUACGUUGCUUGAUAUUUCAAGCUUCAGUGCUUUUGUCCGUCAAACGAAGAUGGGAAUUCCUGUCUCACCGAGUUGGCCUGGCAUACAGUAGGUGCUCAGAGGAAGGAGACGCUUCCGUGCAGAUGAGGAACCUGGGCCUUCUGGCUGGAGUCAUCGGUUCCCAAGGCCCUGCCUGUGGCGGUGGGUGCGCUGGACCGGUUUUGGUGGCCUGGGUGGGGGCUGAUGCCUGCGGGGCCCUUGGGGCGGUGGGGGCUGGUCAGCUUUUGGUGACUGAGCAGGACAGACGUGUGAGGCCUUGCACGCGAUGGGGUCACUCGCUGCCGGUACCUCUCCUGGAACCUGUCUUGGGAGCCUUCACUGCCCCCCAGGGCUGAUCAGUGUGACAGAGCAAAUCGUUUAACUUCAUAGACACCACGGGGGUUAUUUAAAACCUCCCUCCUUGAUCCUGGAGUUGCUGCAA